AUGGGUGGUCGGUAUCCGGAGGCCGACUCCACCGACGAGUUCGCACACAAUCUGUAUAACGGAAUCGAUAUGAUUACCGAAGAUAAUCGUCGCUGGCCUACAGGAAUAAAUCCUCAAACACUUCGGGGUUCAGAUACGGGAGUGUAUAUCGGGUUCUCGACGUUUGGUAUGCCUGACGGCACCCCCGAAGACGUACAGCCGGACUCUCAGAACAACAUGACUGAAACGCUAUUGUGGUUACCCGGUUCUCAGAAGUGUCUGUACGCUAAUCGGGUGUCGUUUGUGUUUGAUUUUCACGGCCCGUCGAUGAUCAUCGACACCGCCUGCUCUUCCAGUUUGGUUGCACUCAAUGCUGCCGUCAAUGAUAUGCGAUUGGGAAAGUGUCGUCAAGCGAUUGUCGGCGGCACUCAGAUAUGUCUUCAGCCGUUCUCUAAUCAGAUCUUCCAAUCGACUCGUCUGAACGCAUUCGACGGCAUUCCCAAAGUAUGGGACGAAAAGGCCGAUGGAUUCGUUAGAGGAGAGACUGUUUGCUGUUUUCUUUUGCAACGCAAAUCGGAGGCCAAACGUAUUUACGCCACUGUUUUGAACUCCGGAGUGAAUAUCGACGGAAACAAAAGAAUGGGAAUGUUUUACCCCUCGGCUGAGAGUCAGGAAGAUUUGAUGAUUAAAGUGUACGAAGAGGCAGACGUGGAUCCGUUGAAAGUGAACUAUUUUGAAGCCCACGCGACCGGAACUAAGGUCGGCGAUCCUCAGGAAGCGAAGGCCAUAUACAACGCCUAUUGUGGAAAACCUAAACGAAACGGUACUCUAAAUGUAGGCCUCCUUAAGAGUAACAUCGGUCACGCGGAGGGCGCCUCCGGUCUAUCGUCGGUCACUAAAGUGUUGAUAUCAUUUGAGAACGAAUGCAUUGCAUCUAAUUUGCAUUUGAAUAAUAUUAAGGCUAAUAUCAAAGAAUUCUGUCCACCACUCAACCCAAUUGUCACUAAUACUAAAUAUAUUCCGGGCAUCGCUGGAGUGAACAACUUUGGUGUCGGAGGAGUGAACGCCAAUUGUCUUCUCGAACCUAAUUAUAAGGUUUGCGAUGAGAAUAGCCUUAAGAUCGCCGACACUAUACCCAGGAUUGUUAACAUCUGUUGUCGAACUGAGGAAGCGUUGAAUAAUGUAUUCAAUUUCAUUGAGAAUAAUCCACAGAAGAUUACUCGAGAUUUUCUGGCCUUAAUGGCCGAAACUAUGCGCGUCGAGCCAUCGCUUAAUUCAAGUGGAUUUCCACAUAGAGGCUCUAUGAUUAUAAAACAAUUGGCUAAUAAUCAAUACGAGUAUAAGAAACAGUCGGCAGUGUUUACACUUAAGACUCAAAGGCCACUAUAUUUCCUGUUCCCCGGUUUGGGCGGACAAUGGGUUGGAAUGGCUAAGGCUUUGAUGCCAAUCAAGAUAUUCGCCGAUAAGAUCGAUGAAUGCCAUGAAGUACUCAAACCCCACGGCAUAGACUUAAAACAUCUCUUAUUAUCUGAUGACAAGAAUUCAAUGUCUAAUAUGACAAAUAAAUUCUGUGCCACAACUGCUAUAGAGAUAGCAUUAUGUGAUGUUAUCCUCGCUCUCGGUAUUACUCCCGACGGUAUUAUUGGCCACUCUUUCGGUGAAAUAGCCGCCGCUUAUGCCGACGGAUGUCUUGACACACGAGAAGCGAUGUUAGUUACCUAUUAUAGAGGACUUGUGACCGAAAGUGACAAAAAGAUACCGAAAGGACUGAUGGCUGUCGCGGGUCUGUCUUGGAAUGAGGCCAAGAAGUUGUGUCCGAAAGGAGUGAGUCCUGUCUGUAAUAACGGAAAGGACACAGUCGUCGUCUCAGGACUAUACAAUGAAGUCAAGCAAAUGGUUGAAGAUUUGAAUAAGAAAGGAGUAUUUGUUCGCGAACUCCAGAGCCAUGACAUCCCAUAUCAUAGCGAAUAUCUCAUGACAUCGGCAAAGAAACUGACGGACGAACUGAAACAAGUGGUUCCCAAUCCUAAACUACGCUCAAAGAAAUUCAUUUCAACCGCUGUUAUCGAUAGUGAGGGCGAUAUCGCGUUAAAGACCGCAUCGGCCGAGUAUUUCGUCCAUAAUCUCGUAUCUCCCGUCCAUUUCUACAACAAAUUCAAACACUUGCCAUCGGAUGCCCUCAUCCUUGAGAUCGGACCGCACGGGCUGUUCGGCAAAGUAGUGAAGGAAACACUAGAAUCUGGUACUUAUGUGUCGCUCAUUAAAAAGGACUCAAACGAUACAAAUCUUGAGAUGUUUUUACAAUCGAUCGCAAAGUUGUAUGAAUUAGGACUCAAUCCUCUAAUUGAGAACCUAUACCCUCGGGUCGAAUGGCCGGUCGCCAGAAGUACUCAAUCCAUUAGUUCCCUAUUGAAAUGGGAUCACGAUUUUACUAAUAAUGUCCGUAAAUAUCCCGACUAUCACUUCAGAUCAUACGCUUCUGACAUGAAUGAAGUCUAUAAUCCGUCGCAAAGUAUUAAAGCGUUUCUUCCCGAGCAUUGCAUUGACGGCAAUGUCUUAUAUCCGGCCACCGGUUAUCUGUUGCUCGCCUGGAGACGAAUGUCUUGUCAAUACGGAAAGCUAUGGAACCAAUUGCCGGCCAUCUUCGAGGACGUCCAGUUCCGGAGACCCAUAUUCUUGUCGGACACCGAUAUGACUAGAAUUAAAGUCAGAUAUCAUGAAACUUCAGGCGAGUUUACAAUCUUAGAGAGCGGUAACGUUGCGUGUGUGGGAAGAGUCCGCACAACCGAUGAAUACGCUCUGAGUUUGCAAAAUGUUUUGGUCGACACCGAAGCCAAUAUGGAUAAAGAGUUUGAAGUGAAUCUGACCACAAAUGAUCUCUACAAAGACCUCAAAGUCUUGGGCUAUGAUUACGGACCGAAGUUUAGACGCAUUCGUUCGGUGAAGACAAACAAUUUUGAGACAAUUCAGGGAGAGAUCAGUUGGGAUGGAAAUUGGAUCACUUUUAUGGACUCAUUGCUGCAGACAAUGGCCGCUGCGAUGCCCUUCAGGAAAAUGAUGGUUCCGGUGAUGAUUAAGAGUCUUCGCUGCGACCCAAAGGUUAUGUACGAAGGAAUAGCCGCCCGGAAAAUGUCUGAACAAAGGAUACGCGAAGAAGAGGUGGACGACGACAAGAUCGAUGAGGUUUUGCUAAGCAGUGGCAACAAAACUGUGGACGAACAGGAAGUGGAGGGCAUUUUGGCCACUAAUAGUGUUGAAUAUAUCGAAGAGCUGUUCGGCAAAGAGUUUCACGUCUAUCCGUCUGUUUUGCCGUAUUAUGUGGACAUGAAUUCACGAAUGAUUGUUACACAUGGUAUUGAGAUUGAAGACCUGAUGGCACUUCCCAUUCCUCGCAAGUCAAAUAUGCAAGACUUGAAACUAGAAUCGUAUCAAUUCGUUGCCAAUGAAGAGAAUAUCGCUAUUGAAGAGUGCGAUAAGAAAUCAGUGAAAGAAUAUCUGAAGGUGUGUUCAUCUCUUUCCGAUAAAAUUAAACAAUUAAUUGAGACUAAAGACAAAAAAGUGAAUAAUAUUAGCGAUGAUUUGGUUAAUAAAUACUUAAAUGAUAUGAAAGACAAUCAAAUUCUACUAAAAAUCUUGAACGAAGUCUAUAAGGGAUGUAUUGAUGAGAACCAGAAUAUUGACACCAAUAAAGUGAUCACUAAUUUGCAAAACAAUCCCGAAUAUGACUUAUCUCUCGAUUAUAUCAACGAAGUCUCAAAGAAUGAGCAUUUGAUCCGAUCUCUGGUCGAUAUUGUGAGCGAAUGUUUUAUCCCUAAGAAAGAGAUUAAAGUAUUGGAACUGAAUUUGACAAAUGGAUUGAUGGCUAAAGAAGUGGACACACAAUUGGCCUCAUCUCAUAUCUAUCCGAUUGAAGUCAACUACACUAUUGCUGUCAAAUCUAUUAGUACUUUGAAUGAUAAUUAUAAAAAUCAAUCGUUUAAACUGAUUGAAUGGAAUCCACAGAAUAGUGUCUUUCCAAAUGAGAUCACUUCCUCUAAUUUGAUUCUACUUAAAGAUUCGCAUCAUUUGUGGGAAAUCGAUAUGACCUCUCAAUUACAGGAUAUUUUUGAUGUCAUUUCAGACAAAGGAUUUUUGAUAUCAGUUUUCAGAUACCAAUUGACAGAACCAGAGCUCGCAUUGAAUCAAAUGAACGGCAAAAAAGCUCUGAAGAACGCGGACUUAGAGAAACGAAUCCUGGAUUUUAUAAAAGCCGCUCAAAGUGUGGGCUUUAAUGUUAUCGGAAAGAAAUUGGAUUCCAUCGGAUCCAUGGCUUUGCUUUUUAGAAAAUUAUUCUCUGAGCCUAAAGUACCGAAAAGUGAUAAUAUCGUUGAAAUCGCGAGUAAUCCCGAGAAAUGGUUCGAAACAUUGAAGCAAAAAAUAACAGAACAUAAGGACAAAGAGUCAAACGAUGAGACUCUUUGGUUGAUAGCAAACGACUCCUCCAAGAAUGGUAUCAUUGGUCUCAUUAAUUGUCUGCGUUUAGAGCCGGGAGGAGAGUGUCUGAGAUGUGUCUUCGAUUACGAUAACCUCAUCAAAGGUUCCGUGAAGUUCACUGAAAAGCCGUAUUCAGACAUUUUGUCCAACGAUUUGCCCAUAAAUGUGCUGAAGAACGGAAAAGUCGGUACUUAUAGACACUUCACUCUCAAUAAAGAAUACGACAAAAUAGAGUCAAACGACUACUUCUUGAAUGUCGGCCAUAACAGAGACUUAGCAUCUCUUCAAUGGUAUGACUCGAAGGGUUUGGUCACAAAUAAAGACGAUUACGAUUUCAUGAAUACAAAGACCAACAAAAUUGCGUGUAAUAUAUAUAGCUCUGGAAUGAACUUCAGAGAUGUCAUGUUUGCUACAGGCCGAAUUGCUUCGGGACCACAAAUGCUAUUCACUGAUUGCUGCAUUGGUUUUGAGUUCGCCGGCCGUCGGGCCGACACUGGAGAGAGGGUUUGCGGUUUCGAUAUGAGUCGAUGUUAUGCCACUUCUAUUGACGCCAACGAAGACUUUAUUUCUAAAGUGCCCGACAACUGGUCGAUGAAUGAGGCGGUGUCUGUAUUAAGUACUUACAGUACUGUAUGGUAUGGUCUCAUAGAGAGGGCACACAUGCAAAAAGGCGAAUCAAUUUUGAUUCAUUCCGGAGCGGGAGGUGUGGGUCAGGCGGCGAUCAGUAUUUGUCAGUUCUAUGAAUGCGAUAUUUAUGUGACGAUUGGAACCGAAGAUAAGAAAAAGUUUUUGAUGAAUACCUAUAAUAUUCCGGAGAACAGAAUAUUCAGUUCGAGAAACACUCAGUUUAAGUACAAAAUCAAAGAGAUUACGAAAGGAAAGGGAGUCGAUAUGGUUCUCAACUCUUUGGCCGGCGAUAAACUGGACGCCAGUUAUGAAUGCGUUGCCGAUUGCGGCCGCUUUGUGGAGAUCGGCAAAUAUGACCUCCAAAUGAACAAACAGUUGGGAAUGUUUUCAUUCUUAAGAGACAUCUCUUUCAUCGGCGUAUCAGUCGAUCAGAAACUUUAUUUGAAGAGAGGAUUUAUCAGAAGGUUCUUCAUUUGGAUGCACGACAAUUGCAAUAACGGAAUGAUUAAACCAAUUAAUCUAAAUGUUUUUAAAGCCGAAGAGGCGGAGAAGGCGUUCAGAUUCAUGACAACCGGUAAACACAUCGGAAAGAUUGUGAUCAGAAUUCGUGACGAAGAGAGCAAUCGGAUUGCGAAAAGUGGCUUCACUCCUACUAAGAAACUAAUGGUCACUCGAAAGACAUAUUUCAAUCCAAACAAGACUUAUAUCAUAACCGGAGGUUUGGGUGGAUUUGGUCUGGAGUUCAUUCAUUGGAUGAUGUUUUUGGGCGCCCGAAGAUUCGUCUUGACCUCAAGACAUGGAGUCAGAACUGAUUAUCAAAAGUUUAUUCUCGAGAGAUUGUCCUCUUUGGGAGUGAAACUAAAACAGUUUGACACAAAAGUUGUCGUUUCGACUCACGAUUGCAAUACAACUGACGGAACGAAACAACUCUUAGCCGAAGCACAGAAAUUGGGUCCAAUCGGAGGAGUCUUUCAUUUGGCUCUCGUUCUCAAUGACUGUCUUCUUGAGAAUCAAACGUACGAUAAAUUCCAGGAAACUAUUGAUUCAAAGACUAAAGCAUUUGAGAAUUUGGAUAAAAUAAGUCGUGAAUUGAGUAUAGAUUUGGACUAUUUUGUAGUCUUUUCUUCUGUCGCUUGUGGUAAAGGAAACGCCGGGCAAUCAAACUAUGGUUUCGCGAACUCUGUUUGUGAACACAUUUGUGAGUCCAGACGAAGAGACGGAUUACAUGGUUUGGCCAUACAAUGGGGACCUAUCGGUGACGUCGGAGUAUUGGCUGAUUCUGAGAUCAACACCUCUUUGGCAGCAGUUGUUAAGCAAAGAGUUAACUCAUGUCUAGAAGUGAUGGAUAAAUUGCUUCAAUCGGAUAAUUCAAUUGUUUCGUGUUUGGUGAGGGCCAAGAGGUCAGUGUUGUCGGGAACGAAGGAGUCUAAGCUCGUGAACCAGGUUUGGGUGGCGCUGGGAAUCGAUCCCAAGACUACUCCCAAUCACUUAACUCUGGGAGAGAUAGGAAUGGAGUCUAUGUUUGCGGUGGAACUGCAACAGGGAUUGGAGAGGGAGUACGACAUCAAAGUAACACUAAAUGAUAUCAAAAACAUCACAAUAGGAAUGAUGAAAGACUUUGAAGUCGGAAAAGUAGAUGAAAUGAAGAGCUUUGCGGAUGAGAUCAAGUCGUGUCGCACGAAGUUAUGUAAAGUGAAGUUCAUUAUACCGAGUGAUGCCUCCAUUAAACUCAAUAACGUGACCACUGGUCGACCGCUUUACUUCCUGCCCCCUCUCGAGGGAAUAUUUGCUUCACUCGAAGGGUUGGCCGAAAAGAUCGAUCGGCCGGUCAUUGGUCUCAAUUGGACCAAAGAAAUGGAAAAAAUGGGUUCACUUAAAGAAAUUACAAAAUACUACACUCAACUCCUGAAGGCAUUGGAGCCGAAGGGAGACUACGAUAUAUUUGGCCACUUUUACGGUGCGCUCAUUGCCAUGAAAUUGUUGAAGAAGGCUCCGGUCGGUAGGGCUAUCAUAAUCGACAUGUUGUCCGAAAUAGCACUCGACGACGACAUGAUAACAGACGACUAUUUGGUUGAGAUUAUAAUGUCUUUCAUUAGCAAAGACUUGCCGGCGGUAAUGAAGGCGAAGAUACGUCGCGACACAAUGUCUAAACCGGACGUCCCCUCAAAGAUGGAGAAAAUAGCGUCAGAAUUGAAAGAGUUUUGCGGCAAAAGUCUCGUGAGUCGAGACUUGGAUGAGAUUCUCAUAAAUUCGUUCAGAAGAGCCAAACUCUUCACAUCCUAUCGAUUGAAUAUGAGAAACAAAUACAAGAAAAUGAAGUUCAGUAUUGCGGAGAAAUACAUGAAAGUCAAUGGAAAGAUACUCAUCAUUAAACCCUUUGAAUUGACGGGAGAUUUUGUCAUGAAUGAUGAGAUGACCGAUAAGAUCAAGAACGCCUACUUUCUGCCCGAACAGGGUUUGGAGGGAAAACUCAAUUUUGAGACAAUUGAAUCAAAUAGUGAUGAUAUGGAGACUCAGAAGACCAUUGAUAUGAUGGCCGCGACUAUCAAUCAAUAUCUAUCCAAGAAAUAAAUGACAGACAUAUACUGGAUAUUAACUGUAAUCUAUGAAAGACAUUGUUAUAACCAAAGAUAUAAUCUAAUUGUGAAGACUUAUGUAUAAAUUAUUAGUUU